AUGAAGAGAAUAGGAAGUGUUGUGCUGGUGUUUUGUAUACUGUAUCAAAUAUGUGCAGCUAAAAAUCAAGAUAACGCCAUUAACGUGGAGAAGGAUCCUAAAUACUGUCAUGAGUUUGCUUUGGCGGCAAGUCAAAACGAUCAGUUUCGCGACAUAGAAAUUCAGUGUGAGAAAGAUGGCAGUUUUUCACCAACACAGUGUUCGAUGACAGGCAUAUGCGUAUGUGUCAAUAUGUAUGGAAAUGUUAUUGCUUAUACAGCUACGGCUCCUAACCAACCACCACCAGUUUGUAAAGGUUUAAAGCCAGGCCGUUGUCCAUUCACAAACACUGGUCUGUCGUGUGACAUUAAAUGUCAACAUGACGCAGAAUGUCCUUUCAACCAGAAAUGUUGUGAUACUGAUUGUGGUAUGACGUGUCUAGAACCAAAACAAGCUGUGCCACGAUUUGAGUGCGAGUUUGGAAGGAUGAUAUCUAUAUAUUUUGUUUGUGAUGGUUAUCCACAAUGUCCCGAUGGCUCUGAUGAGCUUAAUUGUGAAGACUUCGUUUUUGAGUGCUCAAAUGGAGAUGUUGUUCCACCGUUCCUUGUGUGCAAUGGCCUUGAAGAUUGUGCAGAUGGUAGCGACGAAUCUCGAUGUGAACCCCAAGCUGAGUGUAAUGAACCAGGGUAUAAGUGUGCCGAUGGUAGUUGUUAUGAUGAAUGGAGCCGGUGUGAUGGAUAUAACGACUGUUGUGAUUGGUCUGAUGAAGACGGUUGUGAUUUAAAAGAAUGCAAGAAUGGUAUCUUAGUACCAGAGAAAGAAAUAUGCAAUGGUAACGAUGGCUGUGGUGAUAAUUCAGAUGAAGAAAAUUGUUCCUCCAUUCCUGGUGCUUAUGUUACUGAAUGUUUAAGAGACUUAAUGUAUCGGUGCAAUGAUGAAGACUGUAUUCAUAUGGACCAAGUUUGUAAUGGAAUUCCUGACUGUGCUAAUGGAGAAGACGAGGUUAAUUGUCCUGAUUGUCGUCCUCCCAUGGAAAAGUGUAAAAACAGUAGUAGAUGUUUUGGUCCAUGGGAACGAUGUAAUGGUUGGCCUAUUUGUGAAGAUUUCACAGAUGAACUCAAUUGUGAAUGCAAAGAUGAUCAAUUUCAAUGUACAAACGGAAGAUGUAUUGACGAAAGUCAUUCAGUGUGUAACCACUAUGAUGACUGUGGUGAUAACAGCGAUGAAGACAACUGUGUAUGCGAGUACUACGAUUUUACGUGUGGAGAUGGUAGUUGUGUCGGCCUUUGGCUGCGAUGUAAUGGCGCUGAAGACUGUAGUGAUGGAUCUGAUGAAAGUACAGAAUUAUGUGCUGAUUUUCAGUGUGACGACGGAAGUUUGGUUCCUUUCGAUUCUGAGUGCGAUUAUUGGUUUAAUUGCGAAGACAAAUCGGAUGAGAAGAAUUGUGAAUGCGAUGUAGGCGCGUUCAAGUGUGAUAAUGGUUUAUGUAAACCUGAGCAAAGCAUAUGUAAUAACUACGAUGACUGUGGUGACAACAGUGAUGAGAAAAAUUGUGUGUACUUUGUGUGCGAUAAUGGACAGGUUCUAGCCCAAGGAAAUUUUUCUUGUGAUGGAUAUCCCGAUUGUGUUGACCAAAGUGAUGAGCAAGAUUGUCCAUGUGAUGACAGUGCUGACAGAUUUCGAUGUGAUAAUGGUCUUUGUAAGUGGUAUUAUGAUCGGUGUGACGGAUAUGACUCUUGUGGCGAUAAUUCUGACGAACAGGAUUGCGCGACUUUUGUCUGUGACAAUGGUUAUGAAUUGACGCGACGACCAGAUCAUCCCUCUCCUGUCUGUGACAUGAACUUUGAUUGCUCCGAUAAAAGCGACGAGAAGGAUUGUGAAUGUCGUGCGUUUACCAUGCGGUGUUCACAGACGAGAUAUUGUGUUCCAAUAUACUAUCUCUGUGACGGCAACGACGACUGUGGAGACGGUUCAGACGAAAACAAUUGUGAAUAA